AAUAUAUAUCAUUUGUUAGACAAUCCCAUCUCACCAUGUGAUGUGUACUUCCUUCUUUUGCAAAGACAUGGCAUGUGAUUUUCAAUGGACCAAAUUGAUCUUCUUCACUUGAUACACAAUAAAAUUCAUAUUUUUACACCAUAGCAUUACCUCUUUAUAUACAUCUCUCGCAUCCAAUCCUCAUCAGUUCAUCUCUUUCUUAUAAACAAUCUCUUCUUCCAAUCCCAAAUACCACCAAUAUUACUUGAUUGAAAUCAUGGGUUUUCGCUUGCCAGCAAUUGUUCAAUCAAAGCAUGCCAUCCGACGGGCUAUUCCUACUCCAGUAUCUGUGGAUGUUGUACCCAAAGGCCAUCUUGCCGCAUAUGUAGGAGAAACAGAGAGAAAACGCUACAUAGUCCCCAUUUCAUACUUGAAUAAUCCUUUCUUCCAGAAAUUGCUGAUCAAGGCAGAAGAAGAGUUUGGGUUUAAUCACCAAACAGAAGAAGAGUUUGUUUUUGGAUAUCACCAGCAGAUUGAAUUGCUGAUUAGGAGUAUGACCUCUCUAUCUUUCUAUAAAUACUCUACCCAAAGUGUCAUCUCUAAAAUAUUUUAUCUAACAAUCGGUGUGGUAUUCUACCUUAUUAAUACCCAAAGUCACAAAGAUCCAUCAAGAAGACCCAUGGCUAUCAAAUUCCUCAAGCAGGUCCUGCCCAAGGCACGAAGGAUUACUACAGCUGCAAGUGUACCGAAGGGACAUUUUGCUGUCUAUGUAGGAGAGUGCGAAAAAAGGCGGUUUGUGCUUCCCAUUUCAUACUUGCACCAUGCUUCAUUUCAAAAUCUGCUAAAGAAAGCUGAAGAAGAGUUCGAGUUUGAUCACCCAGCGGGUGGUCUCACGAUCCCAUGCAGAGAAGAAGCAUUCAUUGAUCUCUUGUCUGGCUUCCAUUGAAGAACUGAGAAGUUUGAAGGAGCUUGGCCCAAUUGAUUUUCAUCAUUUCUCAAACGUGCUCAGCCAUAGUGAAAAAUUCUCCAAUUUUUGUAGAGUUAGUUUUUUAUACUUGAAGGAGGGUAAUCAAUGUAUAUAAAUGCCCCUUCAAGGAAACGAAUCCAAAUUACAUUUU